CACUGAGCUCGGUGGGCCCUCGUCCUUCCCGAUUGUCCACCCUGUACCUGAAGGAAGCUUAGCAGCUGGUCCCUCAGAACAGGUUUAAGAUAGCGCCGAAUGAGGGGGCAAGGGAAAUGCCGACCAAUUGCGCUGCAGCAGGCUGUGCUACUACCUACAACAAGCACAUUAACAUCAGCUUCCACAGGUUUCCCUUGGAUCCUAAAAGAAGAAAAGAAUGGGUUCGCCUGGUUAGGCGCAAAAAUUUUGUGCCAGGAAAACACACUUUUCUUUGUUCAAAGCACUUUGAAGCCUCCUGUUUUGACCUAACAGGACAGACUCGACGACUUAAAAUGGAUGCUGUUCCAACUAUUUUUGAUUUUUGUACCCAUAUAAAGUCUAUGGAACUAAAGUCAAGGAAUCUUUUGAAGAAAAACAAGAAUUGCUCUCCAGCUGGACCAUCUAAUUUGAAAUCAAACAGUAGUAGUCACCAAGUACUGCUUGAACACAGUUAUGCCUUUAGGAAUCCUAUGGAAGCAAAAAAAAGGAUAAUUAAACUGGAAAAAGAAAUAGCAACCUUAAGAAGAAAAAUGAAAAUUUGCCUACAGAAAGAACGAAGAGCAACUCGAAGAUGGAUCAAAGCUACAUAUUUGAUAAAAAAUUUAGAAGCAAAUAAUGUAUUACCUAAGGGCACUUCAGAACACAUUUUACCAGCUGCAUUAAGCAGUCUUCCUUUGGAAGAUUUCAAGACUCUUGAGCAACAUCAGGAUAAAACAUUACCAAUUCUCUAAAUCUAAAAUGUCUGAGAGUACCUUCACUUAAGUUUUCCUGCAUAGAACUUUAUGCCCAUCCAUCAUUCUUUUCAGAGAUAAAUAUAUUUAUGGCAAUUAUGCCAAAAUUGAGUAUUUAAUGAAGUUUUGCGUGAAAUAAAAUUAUUACUAUAUAUAUAAUUUAUGAAGACUUGAGUACAAAAAAAAUUUAUGAAACUUUUAGUUGAGAAUGAAUGGAAGUGCCUUACUGAGAGUUAUAUAUAGCACUUAGAAAUUUUGCUAGAAAGUUGUAUGUUUGCAAGGUUUUUGUUUUUGUCUGUUUAAGUUACCGUUAAAGCAUGUGUGUGAGCUGGGAGUGGUGGCGGGGAAAAAAAAAAAAAGGGUGUCUGUAAUUCCAGCACUCAAGAGGCCGAGGCAGGAGAAUCUCUGGAGUUCAAGGCCAGCCUGGGCUACAAAGUGAGUUCAAGGACAGCCUGAACUGCAUAGUGAAACCCUGUCUCAAAAAGACGAAAAUAAUAAUAAACUACUGUUAAAGAACACCCUGUCACACAUAAUACGUUUAUAAUUUUUUUUCUUUUUAAAGUUUUUUCUGUACCAAAGUCAGGGUUUGAUAAGAUUCCAAAUGCUAAUUAUUCAUGUUAAAUGUGACCUUAAAAUUCUUCGAUUUUUUUUUUUUUUUUUUUUUUUUUUUUUUUUUUUUUGAAACAUGGUCUUGCUAUGCAGUUCAGGCUAGACUUGGGCUCACUUUGUAGCCCACGCUGGUCUCAAAUUUGCAGUGAUCCUCCUGCCUCAACCUCUCAAAUGCUGGAAUUACAAGAGUGUACCACACCCAGCUUUACUUUUUUUUUCCUGGAUUUUGUUUUAUUGACAUUACUGUUUGAAAAUUUAUAGAACAAAGCUGAGGGAAAGUUUUUUAAACUGUAUGUCUUUUACCAUUAGAAGUAAGUUUAUCAUGGCCUGCCUUAUAAGGAUGCUAGAUUUAAAAAUAGUUUGUAAGAUGUUUUUAAAAUAAUGAAGUACCAAAAAAAGAAAAAAAGCAAAGAAAAGAAUGAAAUACCUUUGAAUCAUUCAAAUAAGUAAGGCCUCCUGUACCUCAAGACUACUAAAAGCUAGUAGCUAAUGAUACUCCGCUUCUAAGAAAACAAGUUGUAAAAUAAUUCAGAGUUCACAAUCUAGCUUUUAUCUUGAUAAAACAGAUACAUUUGUACUGCUCUUUUUCUCAUGAUAAUUCUGAGUUUCCAACUUCAAAGUGGAUAAAUUAAGAGGCAAACAGGUUACCAAGUUUCUUGUUAGGCAUACCCCUAAGCAUCUGUGUGUUUUAUUGUUUUUAACUACUUUCUUUAUCUCAAAAAUAACAUAUGAAUAUAGUAAACUAUUUUCCCCCUAGAAAACCCAAUCAAAAAGUACUGAGCCAGGGAUAUAGCUCAUCAGCACAGUGCCUGCCUGGCAAUCAUGAGAUAGUGAAUUUGAUUCCUGGUACCAAAACAAAAAAAUCAGAAAAAUCUCAUUCCUCUAAUUUAUUCUUCUUAGGCUGGAGGUAUAGCUCAGCAGAAUAGUGCCUGCUUAAUACAUGCAAGGUCCUGCGUUCAUUCCUGGUUCCAAAAAGAAGUAUUACAUUGUAUCUUUAUAAUUAACUACUUAAACUGUAGUUGAUUAUCUUACAUGUAGCUUUUCCUCUCUCUCUCUCUCUCUCUCUCUCUCUCUCUCUCCCCCUCUCUCUCUGUCUGGUGAGUCAGACAGAGCACACCUAAUACAUAUGGGAAAUGAAAUGUAUUCUUUAUGAAAACUACUUGUGUUGGGCCAAGGGUUUAGCUCAGUGGCACAGGUGCCUGCCAGGCAAGUGUGAGUCAUGAAUUUGACCCCCAGUACUUUAAAAAAAAAAAAAGCUGCAUGUUUUGAUAAAGCUAUGCAAAUACUAUUUAUUUUAUAAAAUAGAAGCAUCAUAAUCAUUUGUAUGGUUGCCACUUGAAUUAAAGUGUUUGCUUUAUUUCAUCAAAUAUUUAAUAAGGACCCUUUCCUCCAAAAAGCUUUGAUAAGUAUAAAAAUUUAUUAGAAGUAUAAUCAAGUUAUUUAAUCCUUCUUUGUGAUAUUACCAUAUGAAAAUAGCAUAUAUACCUUGUUAUGAAUUACCACAAAUCUUUGCUAAAAAGUUAAGACCUUUCUUGCCAACUGUUUGGAUAGUCUCUUUUACUUUUUUAAAAUAAGACUUGCUUAAAUCCUAGCAGUAGUCUUUUCAUAGUAUUAACACAAAAAGACUUUACUGGGGAUUGAACCCAUAGGGUCACACAUAAGCUUUAUCACUGAGCUACAUUUCUAAUGCUUGCUUUAUUUUGAGACAAGAUCUCACUAAAUUGUUUGGACUAGCUUUGAACUUGCAAUCAUGCUGCCUCUGCCUCCUGAGUAGCAUGGGCCACUGUGACUGGCAGCAUUCUUUCUAGUAAGGAAUGUUUUCUAAGCAAAUGUAAAGGUAGGAAAUGUUUCUUAGUUCACAUGAGCUGUUUAUAACAAAUAUUUAUGAAAAUCUUUUGUAGAUGGUAUAAAUCUUAAGUCAUUUUAUAUUUAUCUUAAAUAUUGGAUGUAUUUCCUUACAAUUAUCACUACAUUUUUUUCUAGUAUUAUUUCAAAUACCUUUAUAUACUCUUAUAUUCUAGUAUAUAAUCAUGAGCAAACACUGUUCAUAUCUACAAUGUAAUUCAAAAUAAAUUGGACAAAUUAUGAUUUAAAGUUUUCCAAGUUUUGAUUUUCAUGUAGUUCACCAUCUACCUCAAAUACUAUACACUAAUUAUUGCAACUUAGGUCCUGUGUACAGUAUCUUAGUAUUGACAUAAACAAAAAACAGUCAGUGAAGAAACUACCCCUUUAGUAAUUUUAGAGUGAAUUUUUUGUGUUUUCUCCUGGCCAUUUUCUUGUUACUCUCAUAAUGUGCUCUGAACUCGCCCUACAUCAAAUUGUUUUAUUAACUACAUCUGUCUCUAGCUUUAUUCAUGGAGAAAUAAAAUCCUUUCUAAAAUCUUUUUUCAUUUUGCAGAUAAGAUUUCUUAGUAUUCUGACAAUGUGCGAUUAAACUAAUCAAAAUGAUAACUUUUUCCUCAACUGGACACAGUGAAUAACUUAUUUUCAUUCAUUGUAUAUUCUGACUACUAACCUCUAUAAAAAAGUAGCCAAAGGUCAGGAGCUUGAUACAAAGAUGAAUACUGGGCUGCAAAAUGUAGCUCAGUAGCAGAGCACAUGGUUAGCAUACAUGAGACCCUAGCCUAGCACCAAAAAAGAAAAGAAAAGAAACAAGGCUGAUUUUCUGCUCUUAUGUUCAAAGUCUUUUUAGAGGAACAGAUAAUAUGUAUACUAUAUGUAUGAUACUAUAUGUAUACUAUAGUAUGAUAAAUGCUAAAAAAAAGAAAUACAUGCAAAGUACUUUGGUAAACACUGUUGAACUCAGUGGAAACAGGAACUUAGAGACAUUUUGUAAUCAAAUGCUUUUCUCUGAAGCAAACAGAUUUCUUAUAAUGACUUACCAAAGGCAGUAAGGACAGUGAUAUUUGACUUGAAUAUGGUAUUGAGUUGUAAGACAUUUUUACUUUAAAAUGCUUAACUAAUUCAUAAUAAAACCUUUUCUAAAAAAAAGACACUGCUAUAAAAAUAUUACAUCAAAGCCAAAUCUUAUUUUAUUUAGUUUGAUAUUUUAUACAAAAUGACAGUUACACAGAUUUCUAAAACAACUCAAUCUUAUGUAAUAAUUGGUACCCAUUCCUUUUCUUUUCCUUUACAGAAAUACGUGUGUGUUAAGUAGUAGUAUCUCUGAUUUAGACAGGAAGAAAUCUUUAUAUUUUUUCACUCAGACAUAUAUUCUCUACCAACUUUCACUAGAGAUAAAAAUUACUGUGGACUAGAAAGUUCUAGAAUGUUAUAGGUCUGGUUCUAAAUCCUCUGCCUUCCACAUUCUAAUUCUUUAAUAAAUGUGUUGUAUAGAACAAAUCAUGUCUCUUAAAAACAAAAAUAUAAAAUUUUAUAUAUGUGUAAAAAUAGUCUGUGUGGUCAUUGGUGAUCUUUUCUAAGUAGACGAUAAUGUUUUAUCUCAUUACUAAAUUUUAGAAUAUGGGUAAAUUUUAAUUUUGGUGUAAUACACAAAAUGAUCCAUCUUUGUACCAGAAAUGGAGUUCUUUUGAUAAUUAGAAGUUGGAGACUUUCUAAAAUUAAACAUUUUGUAAUGCAUAUUAAGCAAUUGUAUGUUCACAAAAAUGUAUCUAAAGUACAUUGAUAUUAAAAUUUUUUUCCAGUGAAAUUACUGUUCUGCCUGUGAUUCCCCCAAAAUACAAACAUUUCUGUGGAAGUUCCUGCCUUAAUUUGACCCCUUAAAAAGAGUUCUAUAGAAUUCCUUCUUCAAUUGAAGCAAAUUGUAAAAUUGGUAAAGAUAUGUAAUGUUCUGAGAAGGAAUUAGUUUCACUUGUGUUACAGUUAAAUAUACAUUGUAGUUUAUUUACACUGAUAAAUGCUGUUUAUAUAAUCUGGGUCAGAUACAUGAAAGACUAAAAAAAAUGCUUCUAAGAGUCUGAUCUGACAAUAAUUUGAUACUUAUAUAAAGAUUGAUUUGUAGAUAUAAUAAGCAUAGUUUUAAAUGAUUGUGAUUUUCUUACAAAAUUUUUCUGAUUAAAAUACUGUUCUUGGCUAGGCAUGGUAGUCCACACCUAUAAUCCCAGCACUCAGGAGGCUGAAGUGGAAGAUUGCUUGUGAGUUCAAAGCCAGCUGGGCAACACAGCAAGAACAAACCAAAGAAUUUAUCUCAACCAAAAAUUCAAAAAUGAAUAUUGUUCUUUAUUCCAAAAUAUUAACAUUUACUAAGAUAUAUGGAGCCAACUAGCAUGAGCCUAAUAGAGAUAGUGCCUGUCCUCAAGACUAUAGGUAUAAUAUAGUUCAUUUACUUAUUUUGUGCCCUUAUGUUCUGACCUCCUCGUCUCUUUUUGAAUGAAUUAAAUUUAAUACUACAGAUUUGUCUUUAACUGGUUGCCUAGUCUUUUCAAAUUUGUGCUCCAGAAGUUUAACAAAAUUGGUGGAUUUAAUGUCAAGAAAUUGCAUAUGUGCCUAUCUCAGGUAGUUUCUCAGUUUAAUAAAAUUUUUGUGAAUAUUGCAAACCAUAA